AAUAAAAAUGGCUCCACGGAUCAGCCCCCUUAAGGAUGCCACUUACUAUGUUCUUUCGAAGUCUGACAAGACAUCCAAAUUAGAAGUGAAGUACAUCAAUGCAGUUAAAGGACGUGGUAUAUUUGCAAAAUCCUCUAUUUGCAAAGGAGAUUUUGUUGUAGAAUACAGGGGAGAUAUUAUAAAUGACGCAGAAUCCCGGGGAAGACGAAGACUUUACCACCCGUCAUGUGCUGCUUUUAUGUUUGUCUUUAAGUGGAAUGGGAAAACAUGGUGUGUUGAUGCUUCGAGAGAAGACGGGUCAUUUGGACGACUUGUCAACGAUGAGCAUAGACAUCCAAACUGUAGGAUGAAGAAAAUUGAAGUGAACGGAAACCCCCACCUUUGUUUAUUUGCACUCAACAACAUUAAAGAAGGAGAGGAAAUUACAUAUGACUAUGGGGGUGAAGACUGCCCAUGGAGAACACAGAUGAGAGACACAGUUCUGGAAGAUUUGGGGACUGAUGAAUCCAUAUCAGAGAGUGCAGAUCAGAACGUAAAGUUCAAGUCCAAUCCUUUACAGUCAGACAACAAGAUUGAGGACAACACUCAUGAACAGAUGAGAGACACAGUUCUGGAAGAUUUGGGGACUGAUGAAUCCAUAUCAGAGAGUGCAGAUCAGAACGUAAAGUUCAAGUCCAAUCCUUUACAGUCAGACAACAAGAUUGAGGACAACACUCAUGAACAGAUGACAGACACAGAUGAAGAUUUGGUGAUUGAUGAAUGCAUAUCAGAGAGUGCAGAUGAUUACAUUCCGGAUACCACUUCCGAAAGUGACACUGACAGUGAUGCUAGCCCUCCCCAAAACCGCAGGAUCAAAAGAAGUCUUGAUUAUACACUUGACAUCGUUCGUUCAUUGAGUCCCCCUGUCUGUGACACCACAACACCAAACGUGAUGACCUUUGACAGAAAUGUCUUUAUAUCUGAAGCCACUGGAGCAGAAGAAGAACCCUGUUCUAGUCAGAACAUAAAUGACAGCAUAGUUGUCAGAUCAUGCCAUAACAUAGGUAGGAAAAGAGUUUACGACAAGAGACAUUAUUGUUUGUAUUGCUCUAAGCCAUAUGCUAAGAUGGCAAGGCAUCUAGAAGCUUCACAUGAAACCAAAUCUGAUGUGGCUAAAGCUCUAAGCUUUCCAAAGGCUUCCAAAGAAAGAAAAAAACAUCUAGAUUAUAUUCGCAACAGAGGAAACUUUGUUCACAAUGCUGCUGUUAUGGAGUCAGGAAAGGGAGAACUAAUACCGUUUAAAAGACCACCUAAAGAAGCCCAGGGACACGACUUCAUGCACUGUGCAUAUUGUCAAGGACUUUUUUCAAGAAAGAUCCUGUGGCGACAUAUGCGUAGCUGUAGACUUAAACCUGGAUCAGUCCCCCUCAAACCAGGAAAGAACCGUGUUCAGUCUAUGUGCACAUACACAGGACCAGUGCCUUCACACAUUAGUAAACAACUGUGGAAAGUAAUCAGUGUCAUGAAUUCUGACCCAAUCACUGAUAUAAUAAAAAAUGACCAUGUCAUUAUUGAAAUUGGGCAGCACUUGUUAAGCAAAGGUGGUAUUUCAGCCAAGAAUCACCAGUUUGUGCGAGAUAAGAUGCGAGAAAUGGGAAGGCUAGUUGAAAGUGCGUUGAAAGUCACCACCUUAAAAAGAAUGGAAGAUCUCAUAAAUCCCAAAAAGUACAUUGAGACCAUCAAAGCUGUCAAGUUUACAUGUGGGUAUGAUAGUGAAGCAAACAAGUUUGUGAUUCCAUCACUAGCAAAUAAACUUGGGAAUACCCUGGUCAAAGCAAGCAAACUAUUAAAAGCUCAAGGUUUAAUCUCUAACAACAAAGAGCUUGUGAAGAAUGCCACUGAGUUUCAAGAGGUCCAUCAGGAAAAGUGGAAUGAGAUGAUCUCAGCUACAGCUUUAAGGAACAUCAGGGAAGCAAAGUGGAAUGUGCCCACUAUCAUGCCCUUUACCGAAGAUGUCCAAAAAAUGCAUGGCUAUCUCAGUCAGGUGCAAGAUAAGUGGUCAAAUUCCCUCUCUGAAACCCCCUCUUCAACAACCUGGAAGGAACUAGCAAAGGUGUGUCUGGCCCAGAUCAUUCUUUUUAACCGGCGCAGGGAAGGAGAGGUGGCAAGCAUGCCUUUAUCUGCGUUUUUAUCAAGAGACUCUUCUGAUCCACAUGAGGAUGUGGACUGGGCACUCUCCGAAGUGGAAAAAAACCUCUGCAGACACUUCUCAAGGAUUGUCAUCCGGGGAAAACGUGGUCGCCCAGUUCCAAUUCUUCUUACCCCAAAAAUGCUGUCUGCAUUAGAACUCCUUGUUAAACAGAGAGAGGCUUGUGGGGUUCUAAAAGACAAUGGUUAUAUGUUUGCAAGACCACAAGCUAUGACACAUUUCCGAGGUUCAGACUGCCUUCGUGCUUUUGCAAAAAAGUGUGGUGCAAAGUGUCCAAAGUCACUGACAUCUACCAGACUGCGAAAGCAUGCCGCAACCCUAUCAACAGUGCUGAACAUGACAGGAACAGAGAUGGACCAGCUGGCCAACUAUCUUGGACAUGACAUAAGAAUCCAUCGCGAGUACUAUCGACUCCCUGAGAAGACCCUCCAACUCGCCAAGAUCAGCAAGGUUUUAAUGGCACUUGAGCAAGGAAAAUUAGCUGAGUUUCAUGGCAAGAACCUAGAUGAAAUAUCAAUAGAACCAGAUGAGAAAGUUCUGGACAGUGAUGUGGAAGACCUGAACAUACAAGAGGAAAACUGUUCAAGUGUCCAUGGGAUCAAUAGCAAAUGA